GUCUGUUGUGUGUGGAACUUGAAGCGCUAUCGUGCAGUAUGGCGGACGAUGGAGAUGGUAGGGGUGGAGCAGCAGACACAAGUGGUGGUGGGCAGGGUACAACAGAAGAGUUGGAUCCAGGGCCCAGUCUCGGCGGGAUGCUGUUUAAUUUGUGUGUUUUAGCUGUAAUUGUCGCUAUCGGCUAUGGAAUUUACCGACGGUGGUUUAGGAGACUUAUCGGUGCUGACGCGGCCCAGGGAAGCGAGGCCUUGUCGCUUCCCAAGAUGAGAAGACGUGAUUUUACUCUGGAACAACUAAGGGAAUAUGAUGGUGUUCAAAACCCGCGGAUCCUUAUGGCUGUGAACAUGAAAAUCUUCGACGUUACUAGUGGCAAAAAGUUUUAUGGACGUGACGGUCCGUACGGCAUCUUUGCGGGUCGGGACGCGUCGCGAGGCCUGGCCACCUUCUGCCUGGAGAAGGACGCGCUGAGGGACGAGUACGACGACCUGUCCGACCUCAACGCCGUGCAGAUGGAGAGCGUGCGAGAGUGGGAGAUGCAGUUCAUGGAAAAAUACGACUACGUGGGUCGCCUGCUGAAACCAGGGGACGAGCCGUCGGAGUACACAGAUGAGGAGGACCUCAAGGAUCACGCCAAGCACGAGUGACCCGCCCGCCUGCCACACUCACCCGCCCGCCCCACCCCACCCCCCCAUGACCAAAGCCUGGGCCCAAACAGCUCUCUCCAAACCACCGCACACUACCCAGACACCAUCACCCCAGACAUGCGUGCACACACACACACACACACACACACACACACACACACACACACACACACACUACAUGCAUCGACUCCACGGGUGGUCUGCUGUGCGACUGCACUGGCUCCAGCUCUCCUCGCUCACAGCAGCAUCUUGCCGCUCCACCUCACGUCCAGCCUCCGCCCGCACCAUAACUCCGUCGUCCACGCUGACCUCUGACCUUUAGCUGCCCUCUACCUGCCCUGCCCUCUACUUGCCCUCUACCUGCCCUCUACUUGCCCUCUACUUGCCCUCCACUCUGGUUUCAUCUCUCUCCAUCUUCUCUUCGUCCUCUCAUCCCUGUAACCCUGUGGCUGUUCUGUGACUGUGCUCUGUCUCCUCUGUCUCCUCUCCUCAUCUCUCUCUCUCUGUCUGUAUCUAUCUCUGUAUCUCUGCCUUUCUCUUUCUCUUUCUCCACCCCUGGUAUACGGGAGAGCUGAGCUGUGUUGGGACCGUAUUGGCCCUCUGGCAGGGUCAGGGGAGAGCGUGUAUAUG